AAGGAAGUACUAGGAGAAACUAAGCUGGGGUGUGGCUUAACAGUUCACAGCAAACUUCUCCGUAACCCAAACUAAAGCAAACGCUGGAUUACUUUUCCAUUGCACGUUGUAUUGGAAGAAGAAACAAAUUGGAACGACUUUAAAGCAGGGUGCAGGUGUGAUGGUGUGGCUGUUUCCGUGACCACACGUGACGAGAUGUCGGGUGACACCAGCACCCUGUCCUGGAGGCUGCCAAGCCCUGGCGGCCCUGAUUGGUCAGACUGUGGCUCCGAUGGGGCAGGUUCUGGGGCUGGGGGCCCUGUGAAGAUCCUGAAGGUCUGCUUCAUCAGCAACAGCUCCAACCUGGGCAAGAACUUCAAACUUGUCAAAUGCGACAGCUCCUGGGAGAUUAAGGCCAUCAUCAAGUCUAUCCUGAUAAGUGGCCGUUUGGGUCCAAAUAUAAAGUACCCAGGCUGUUAUGGGCUCCUGCUCAAACACCUCAAAUCGGAAGAACUCCACUGGCUCCACCCAGACAUGACGGUGGGAGAGGUGGAGCAGAAAUAUGAGAAACUACACUUGGAGGCCGAGUGGAGGUAUGAUCUGAGAAUCCGAUACAUUCCAGACAACUUCUUAGAGAAAUUUAAAGAAGACAGAACCACAAUGUUGUACUUCUAUCAGCAGGUCCGCAGUGAAUACAUGCAGCACCAUGCCAGCAAAGUCAGUGAUGGGAUGGCAUUACAGCUGGGCUGCCUGGAAAUCAGGAGGUUUUACAAAGACAUGAAUGCUAAAGGUCUGGAGAAAAAGUCAAAUUUUGAAUUGUUAGAGAAGGACGUGGGACUUGAACUUUUUUUCCCCAAAAUGCUUAUUGACAGCAUGAAGCCAAAACAACUGAGGAAGAUGAUCCAGCAGACCUUCCUGCAGUAUGCUACGCUUAAGGAAGAGGAUUGCAUGGAGAAGUUCUUCGAGACACUCAGCAAAUUCUCCAACUUUGACGAGGAGGUGUUUCCUUGUGAGCUGGUGCAAGGCUGGAGUCUUGCGGUGGAGCUGGUCAUUGGACCCAAAGGCAUCUGCCAGCGUACACAGAAGCACUCAGCGCCCAUCUGCCUAGCUGAUUACAAACAGAUUAAGAGCAUCAAAAGUUCUGUACAAAGUGACAGCAAAGCACUUCUGAAUCUGAAUAUAGAAGGAGCCGCUCAGCCUUUGUCCAUCCACACGGCUUCCAUCAGCAUGGCAGAGAACAUGGCUGACUUGAUAGAUGGCUACUGUCGAAUACAGAGCAAUACAGAGGCAUCUUUGAUCAUGAGGCCACAGAAUGACAGGAAAUUAAGAAAUUCACUACCUGAGAUUCCCACUUGUGACAAUAAAGAGACUACCACCAGAUACAGCAUGGGAUCUGACAUCUAUGCAGAGAUACCAGAUGAGCGGCCAAAGUCUGUAAGAUAUGGUCUGUCCAGAGAUGACAUUGUUCUGGGCAGGAUUCUGGGUGAAGGUUUCUUCGGGGAGGUUCACGAAGGAGUUUAUAAAAAGCAGUCCGGAGAGAGGAUCAGUGUUGCUGUUAAGACCUGCAAAGACUGCUCUCCUGAUGUCAAAGAGAAGUUUAUGAGUGAAGCUGUGAUCAUGAAGAACCUGGACCACCCCCACAUUGUGAGACUGAUUGGAAUCAUUGAGGAAGAUCCGGUGUGGAUCGUCAUGGAGCUGUACCAGCAUGGAGAGCUUGGAAAUUACUUGACAGAAAAUCAGCACAAGUUGACCAACGUCACGCUAGUUCUGUACACAUUGCAGAUCUGCAAAGCCCUUGCUUAUUUAGAAGGCGUAAACAUGGUCCACAGAGACAUUGCAGUGAGAAAUGUUCUAGUGGCUGAACCAGACUGUGUGAAGCUGGGGGAUUUUGGCUUGUCCAGAUACAUUGAAGAAGAAGAGUAUUACAAAGCCUCUGUGACCCGAUUACCAAUCAAGUGGAUGGCCCCUGAAUCCAUAAACUUCAGACGCUUCACAUCAGCCAGUGAUGUCUGGAUGUUUGCGGUGUGUAUGUGGGAGAUCAUGAGUCGAGGUCAGCAGCCCUUCUUCUGGCUGGAAAACAAGGAUGUGAUCAACCAGCUGGAGCAGGGCAUCCGGCUGCCCAAACCCGAGGACUGCCCCCCAACCCUGUACUCCCUGAUGACCUGUUGCUGGACCUAUGACCCUCGUGAGAGGCCCACCUUCACAGAGCUUGUAUGCAAACUGAGUGCAGUCCACAAGAUGGAGAAGGAGCAGGAAGUGGAGAUAAAGAGGGACCGGGCGCGGUCAACUCGAUACUUUGACUCCAAGUUCACCUUCAAUGAGCCUCCACCGAAGCCAUCAAGAAACAAGCCUGGUCGCUUCGCCAACACACUUAGCAUAGGCCUACAUAUUCAGCUGCCCGAGACUCUGUGUGCCAGCUCGCCCAACCUCGUUAGCCCAUGCGAUUACCAGUCGCCCUUCGACUCCAACAAAAUGCUGAUGGUGCCCAGAACCACCCCCCGGCGUCGCAGUGUCGGGGAGGGGGAUUUUAUUAUUGAGCCAUCCAGUAAGGAGGAUGCCAAGCAGCUGUGGGAGAUGGAGAAGCACCGGAUGCAGGAGACUCUGAAGAGGCAGAAACAGGAGAUGCUGGAGGAUAACAAGUGGCUAGAGAAGGAGGAGAGACUGCUGGAUCCCAUGGUACAAGAUGACAUGAAAACUCCAGUGACACCUGAAAAGGAGCCAGGAUAUGCUGAAUUCACCGGCCCCCCCGAGAAGCCUCCAAGACUAAGCGCUCAGCCGGCCCCCACAGCCGAGAUCGACCGAUCUGAUGACCAGGUCUACCACUUUGUCAUGGAGGUGGUGAAGGUGGUUGUGCAGCUGAAGAACGAUGUCAACACACUGCCGCCCUCAGAAUACGUUGGUGUGGUUAAGACGGUGGGGCUAACCUUGCGGAAUCUGACUCGCAGUGUGGAUGACGUUCUGCCUUCUCUCCAUGAGUCCAUCAGGACGGAGAUUGAAGGCACCCAGAAGCUGCUGAACAAAGACAUGGCGGAGCUGAUCAGCAAGAUGCGGCUGGCUCAGCAGAAUGCCAUCACCUCCCUGAAGGAGGAGUGCAAGAGGCAGAUGCUGGCUGCCGCUCACACCCUGGCCAUGGACUCAAAGAACCUUCUGGACGCCGUGGACCAGGCUCGUGUCCGAGCCAACCUGGCCAAACCCAAACCCGCCGCCUCCUAGCCACCCCUGGGCCAGCUCCUCGGUCAGCUGGAGGACCUGAAUCUGGACUCCCUCCUGAGGAUCAUCAAAACAACAACAAAAAAAUUCCGAUGCUGGUGAAAACAAACUUACGUUGUCUGUAAUUAAAACUGUGUUGUUGGUGGCUUUUGAAUAUUUUAGUGUUUAAUCUCACUUAAGCUAUGAUUUUUUCACAAAUGAACAAAAAUGAAUAUGCACACGUACACACAGAAAUACUUACUAAACGCAGAGCAAUUGGAAAGUUUUUUUGGUGUUUAGUUCAACUGACAGUACCGUCUCACAUAAAAGCAAAAUGUAUGACAAAGAAUAUGUACACCCUUUGUAAUAAUAAGCAAUUUUUAAUUAUUCAACGGAAAAAAAAGGAAUAUUUUAUCAUGACUGUGUUUAUCAUCAUCUGAAAUAUGUGGUGUGUAUUAUUUUAAUUAAAACAAGUGAAAAAUGA